AUGCCGUUCAUACCUCACACACCCGAAGCGCUCCUUCCGCGAAGUGAUUCGAAGAAUCCGGCCACAACAUGCAAGGGGAUCACUUCCUCCGGCCGUCCUUGUCGAAGAGCGCUCGCGCCGCCAAAAGCAUCCCGCAGAUCCUCAGCAUCGGCAUUAGGCGGCGUGCUUGCCGUAGCCCCUCAUGAGGGAGACGGAGAGGCUGGCGCCGCAGCAGCUUUCUUCUGCUGGCAACAUAAAGACCAAGCGGAGCGAUUAGCGAACACCCACGCGGAAGGCAGAGCAGGGCAAGAAACAGCGAAAACAAACGUCGUCCCGCUACAGGAGCGAAGCAGUAUAGACACGCUGGUAGCAAGACUAGGUGUGCUAGAAGUGGAAGAUAACUCUACGACUACCCGUGGAAAGCAAAAGCGCGAACGCCGGUCGAACCAAGAACUCCCCUCUCAUCAACCAUCUAGAAGGGUCGAACGACCGCCGACAUGGGACAGUGUGAGGGGGCCUCUCAUUGCAGUUUCGGAGGAAACCGUGGCGGAAGUGGCGCGUCCGGUACCACGACGUUUACCAGUACAACAGCCGGCCAGGAGGAAGAAGCCUGGGUUCUGGGCGAGCUUGUGUUGCUUUGGAAACGCCGAUGAUGAUUACAUCGAAGUGGUCAGGCAUAGAAAAAGGAUACAGCCCCCUGACAAGCCCGAAAUGACAUUCGCUCCACCGUCAAAGCCUUCAGCACCGACGGCACAUCGCGGUGAGCGCCGCAGCCAGUCUGCAGUCCAUGAUUUUGGUGUCCCCAACCGACCAGAAGGCUCGAGCAGGAGGGAUUCCGCUCGAGGCCCGGCAGCACAAGUUCCGGCCCCUACUCGACCUGGUACGAUGACAGACCGAGAGCCUUUAAGGGAGAAGCCUGUGCGUCCACUAAACCAUCAACGCCCCUCAGAAACUACAAACCUUCUUUCAUUGAUCCCACAUCACUUAUCGCCGCAAACCACUUCGGCUCUAUUGAACGAGCUCGCUAAGCCGAUCUCUCCACACGACGACGAAGGGUACAUUUACAUCUUCUGGCUGACCGAUUCCGCUGCGCCUACUCCGCCUUCGGACGCCGCAUCAUCUCUGUUGUCACCGAGCCCUGCCCGGCCGGGCGCUGGGCGGAGGAGAGUCAGCGACGUGCUGAGCGAUUAUUCAAGCAGUAAUGGACGCAUGGAUGACGAGACGAAGCAUCAAACGUCCAUCGCCGUCUUUCCGAAUGGACUCGUCAAUGCGGUUACAGCCUGUCUCUAG